AUGACAGCAAAGCAUUCACGCAACUUAUCCAUGGGAAGCGACGAUAUGGACCCGUUUUCCACGCCAGAGGUGUAUUAUGGGGCAAAAACCGAUCCGUCGAAGCAAUUCAGAAACUCGAAAGUCAUCCGAGGCAGAACUUUUAGUGGUACCUUGCCUCGUAUCACUCCAGCCUGGAAUUUCUCUGCCGAUGACUCAAUCAUGGAAAAAGACUCUAGUCAUCGUGAGUUUCACAAAAGCGACUAUCCAAUAAAACGCCGGUCCAGUGAGGAUGAUAUGGCCUAUGGGUCACGCCGUUUCCUUAUUAGCGACAUUGAUGGGACUCUUGAAACGUUGUUGAAGAACGAGGACACUGAUCAAAACCACCAGAUCACUAUUGAAGAUACUGGACCUAAAGUAUUGAAGCUAGGUACCGCCAACUCCAACGGGUACAACCAGUACGCCAUUAGGGGCACUUAUAUGCUUUCUAAUUUGUUACAAGAGUUGACAAUUGCUAAGAGAAUGGGACGCAACCAGAUGAUUUUGGACGAAGCAAGAUUGAACGAGAAUCCCGUUAGACGGUUGAAAAGAUUGAUUUCCACCCAGUUUUGGAAUAAUUUGACCCGUCGUGUUAGCGAGGAUAACAUUAUGGAGAUGGCGCACGACACAAAAAUUCCUGCGGAAUAUACUAGAGUGUAUGUGCCUCCAAAUUGCCCCGAUCAAAUUGAAUUCUUCCGGAAAGUUGAGAAAGAUGCCCAAAAAAAGGGUCAGAAGUUGAAGAUUGAAAUUUUACCUCAUGUCAUCACUCCAGAAUACGUAAAAUCUAUCAAUGAUAAGCCAGGGUUGUUGGCCUUGGCAAUGGAAGAAGUUCCUGUGGUCGACGACGAUGAUUCCAAUAAUGCUAGCAUGUUGUUCAAUUCGAAAUUUAUUGAUGUGAACGAAAAGCACAAGAAUGCUUCCAAAAAACCGAAGACUACUCUCAGAGGGCUUCCUUACGUGGUGCCAGGGGGUCGUUUCAACGAGUUAUACGGUUGGGAUUCUUAUAUGAUAUCUCUUGGAUGUUUGAUUGAUAAUCGUGUGGAUUUAGCCCAAGGGAUGGUUGAACAUUUCAUUUUUCAAAUUAACCACUACGGGAAAAUUUUAAACGCUAAUAGAUCGUACUAUUUGUGUAGAUCGCAACCCCCAUUUUUGACCGACAUGGCUAUAAAAGUUUACAACAAGUUGCUUGAAAAUGGUGAUAACCCUGGUGCUGCCAAAGAGUUUUUGGAACGGGCCAUGGUAGCAGCAAUUAAAGAAUACAAGACGGUGUGGACUUGUGAACCUAGAAUCGAUGUGACCACCGGUCUUUCAUGCUACCAUCCUGAUGGGUUAGGUAUUCCUCCAGAAACCGAAUCGACCCAUUUCGAUGCUUUAUUAAGUCCAUAUGCUGAAAAGCGCGGAGUCAGUCUUACAGAAUUCCAAAAACUUUACAAUGACCAAAAGAUUUCAGAGCCUGAAUUGGACGAGUAUUUCACUAAUGAUCGUGCGGUUCGUGAGUCUGGUCAUGACACCAGUUAUCGUUUGGAUGGCUGUGCUGCCAGCUUGUGUACCGUUGAUUUGAAUUCUUUAUUAUACAAGUAUGAAGUUGAUAUUGCAGAGACUAUCCGGGAUAAGUUUGACGAUCAUAUCAUCAAUGAGCUUGGGGAAGGGGAAACCAGUGCGGUAUGGUUGAGCAGGGCCGCUAGAAGAAAAGAUGCCAUGAGCAAAUAUUUGUGGAAUGAAGAACACGCCCUUUUCUACGAUUAUAACAUCAAAACCCACAAGCAAACCAAGUACGAAUCAGCAACCGCGUUCUGGCCGCUUUGGAGUGGUGCAGCCACCGAAUAUCAGGCCGAUUGUCUUGUGAAGAAAUCUUUGUCAAAGUUUGAAGAAUUGGGAGGACUUGUCGCAGGGACUGAAAAGUCACGGGGAGUUAUCUCGUUGGAUAGACCAAAUCGUCAAUGGGAUUAUCCUUAUGGCUGGGCUCCUCAACAAAUUUUGGCGUGGGUUGGGCUCGCCAAGUAUGGGUUUGGUGAUGUCGCCCGUCGUCUUGUGUAUCGUUGGUUAUAUAUCAUGACUAAAUCUUUUGUCGACUACAAUGGUAUUGUGGUGGAGAAAUACGAUGUUACUAAGCCUACCGACCCACAUAGAGUCGAUGCCGAAUACGGUAACCAAGGGGCAGACUUCAAAGGGGUGGCGACCGAAGGGUUUGGCUGGGUUAAUGCGAGUUUUGAAUUGGGACUUGAGUUUUUGAGCACCCGGGCCAUUAGAGCAUUGGGAACCAUCACUCCUCCAGAUGUUUUCUUUGCAAGCUCGAAGAAGACCCAGAACAACCCAGUUGUUCAUGCUGUGGAAGGUGGUAUUGGAAGACCACAAGAUCAAGGGAUUGUUUCGGUGUGA